AUGGCGCUGAAGGAGGUGUGCCGCAGUGCGUGCAUUGCGUGGGGGCCGCCGUCGCGAGGGCCUGUCCAUACAAAAUAUGCGGCGCCACAGCAAGAAACCUCCAACAGUCCGGGACAGUCCUCUACGCAGAGCCAGCUGUAUUUAGCCCUGGGCACCAUGGGCCUCGACCCACGCCUCGAACUCGCGGCCGUCGACUUUGCUUCUUCUUCCACCGCUCUGCCCGUCGUGGCGUCCGUGUCAGCUUCUUCACCUUUUCAGUGUAUCGCGUGGGGAAGCAGUGGCCAGAAUAAAUGUGCAGGAAACGCUGGAGAACAAGGGACUGGAGGGGGCCUUGGCGAGCGCGCCCUGGGACUUAUUGCGGGUGGCAUGGCAGAUGGAGACGUCACCCUUUGGGAUGCAGAGGCCAUCUUACGCUUAGGCUCUCCGUCUGGAUCCGAGUAUUCCUCUUUCGGGAAUGCGAACGGCGCAGCUGAUGGAGCGUCGGGUUCCAAGUCGAACGGCCUCCUGGCUUCUGUGCCCGUACACCGGAACCAACGGGUCCACUGCAUCCACUUCAAUCCCUCACGGCCCUCACUUCUCGCCGCAGGAGGAAGCAGCGGGAGUGUGUCCAUCCUCGACGUCGAAAAUGUCUACGACGUCGCGGUGUAUGAGCCCGGCGGAGAGGGCCAAGCGGUGGAGAUUCAGAUCUUCUGCGAUCCCACGCAUCGCCAAAGCCGGCCAAGCUCGGUCGUCUGGCUGCCGAACCAAGCAACUCAACUUCUGCUCGCCUACGACGACGACAGACAUCCCGUCCUGCAACUGUGGGAUUUGCGGAACUCGUCGUACCCUCUGCGCGAGACAGCCUCUGACGGCGUGUAUGGACACACGCGCGGCAUUGUCAACGCCGCUCUGAACCCCAUGGAUAGCCGCAUGCUGCUGACCAGUGGCCGGGACAACCGAAUUGUGUGUUGGUGGCUAGAAGAAGACGCCUUCCACACCCAGAGCCAAGGAGCGAACCACCCCAGCAGCGGCUUCGGCGUGUACAUGCAGCAGCAGACUCAGGAGCCGUAUGUACAGCUCCAGUGGGCUCCGUCUUCGACCCCCGGCGUCUUCGCCGCUGCAGCCCCGAUCCGCGUCUGCAUCAAGGGCCUGGGCAGCGGAUGCCUCGCCGCUGAUUCCAGCGUGGCAGCUGGAGGCCAGCAACAGCCGGGACUCGGAGCCGGGGGCGAGGGGGGAUGGAUGAUGGGGCCUGCGCACGACAAAUACAUCCCGUCCUGGUUCAGGCGGCCUCGGGGAGUCCACCUGGGCUUCGGAGAGGACAUUGCUUUCUUCGGACCUGACAGCACCUCUGUGGUUUGCUCGACCUUGGCUUCGCCUCCGCCAGCUCUGGCGACAACAACGGGGUCCUCUGAGGUGGACGCGUCGUCGCUGGGCGAAGACGAACGCGAAAUGGUGGGAAAGCAUGAAGAAUGGAGAGAAGAAGAGAAAGACCUCCGCCAAGAGGCUCUCAGCCUCGACGGCCAUCUCCAGCGCGGGGACUGGCAGCAAGCAUGUGAGGAGGAACUGCGGAGACUUCGUGGCGACAAGGCCGACGCAGAGACAGAGAUGACAGAGAAAGUGUGGAAUCUCCUGGCACGGCUCUUCCAGCAGCCCCGGUCGUCUGCCCUCGUGGAGGCUUUCACGAUGCCGCGGAGCGAGGUGAUUCAGCGCGUCGAAGCCUUUCUCGGGCGCCCGCUUCCCUUGGCUCUGAAGAAGAAAGAAGCCGAAUGCCAGCAGCAGAUGCACAGCGCGCCCUACGCCCAGCCGGGAGCGGUGUCUCCCUCUGCUCCCGCUUACGGGUAUCCCUCGGGAGUCGCCCCGGCAGACGCGUACGUAAGGCCGGAUGCGGGGUAUCGGCCGCAGCCUGCUGGCGGCGCCCCAGUUUACGGGAGCAGUCCGAUGGCCGCGGGGGGACUGCCUGUGGGGCAUCCACCGGAUGGCGCGAACGCGGUGAACGCGAACCGGAAUGGCUUCUACGGCGGUCAACACGUCAAUGGAGUCGAGCCGCGGGCCUUUCAGCAGGAGGAAGUCGAUCCAGAAAAGUUCUUCUCGCAACUCUCCUCGGGGACCGAAGAGAAGCGACCGUGCCAAGCUGAGGGCGACAGCCAAGUGGAAGCAGAGAAAGCCGAACAGCAGCUGCCAUCGGCGCACCGAGGUGGCGAGACAGCGGAGACCCAGGGCGCUGAGACCGAGCCCGAGAAGGCCGCACCUUCGCGCGCCGCACGUCUGGGCUCGUCCCAGGCUGGCCCGAUGGACUGGGACUCAGAGGUGGGCUCUCUGGUUCGCGCGUGUCUCUUGUCUGGCUGCCUGGAGGGGGCUGUCGAACUGCUUCAAAGCUACGGGAACGAAGCGGAUGCGCUUCUCCUGGCGGCUGCUGCGGCCGGCGCAGGGUGCACCAGCGCCUUCCAAGGGAGCAGAGGGAGCGUGGCAGCCGUCGCCGGCGCCGAUGGUGCGCAGCUGUGGAAUGCUGCGUCUCGGAGCUACAUCGAGAACAUGGCCGACCCAUUCAUGAAACUCGUGGGCUAUGUGAUCUUGGAGGACUUCCCGGCUCUCAUUGCUGCUGUCCCGAUCUCGCACCUCGCGGAACCGUGGCGCGACGCCCUCGCGUUGCUGUGCUGCUACGCGACUGACGGGCCACAGCUGGCGAGCCUCUGUCGCCAGCUCGGCGAUCGGCUGAGUUCCGAGGGCUCAGAUAUCUUUGGUGCGCUCUUCUGCUACUUCUGUGCGGGGGACUUCGCGGGCGCCUGCCGAAUCUGGAGACAAGAUCUCCAGCGCCGCCUGAGCGAAAAAGGAGGGGCGACCUCGGCGUUCGCCUCCGCCUCGGGCAAGGCCACGCGGAGCCGCAGCGCCUGGCAGGGGCACCACCUGCUCGACGCGAUGAAACGCAUGCUCAUUUUGCGGGCCGCGCUCCGCUUCGAGGAGCCGUGCGUCGAAUUCGAGGAGGUUGCUGUGACGUACGCCUCGUACCUGUCUUCCGACCCGGCGCUGUUCGCGCCCGCGAUGCGUCUCCUCGUCUCCACUUGCGGAGUGGGCUCGGCUCAGGGCGCCCGUGGAGCCGUAGGCGAGCAACAGAGGCAGCCUCCAGGCUCGGCGCCUUCCGAAGACGUCCGCGCCGCAGCGGGGACCCUCGCAUUCCGCCUCUUCCACUCGCAGGCUGAACAGAUGCAGCGGCUGGGGUUCUUUCCGCCCCCGUCUCCCUUCGAAGGCAAACUCGCCCCAGGGGCCUUGGCAGGCGUCAAGCAGCCGGCACAGACUGGGCCUGUGGCCUUCGGUGCAGCCCUGCGAGGAGGCGCAGCCGAUCCCGGUCCCCUCGCUCAGCGCCAGGCCCAACCGCCGAUGAUAGGAGGACAGAGAGGUUCCGUGGGCUCUGUGGGAUCGGCUGUUGACAAUCGCUUUUCUGCCUUCCCGGCGAAAGGCUACGGCGGGGUGUCGCCCGUGGCAGAAGGUGGCCCGAUGCCUCCGCCGUCGUCGGCGUUUGGUGCGACGGGUCAGCCUGGUCUCCAUCCCUCCCUCUCUUCGAAGCCUCCUUCUUCCUCGCCGUUUUAUCCGGGAGCGCCGUCCACGUCUCAUCCCACUGGACGGCCGAUGCCGCCUGCUGCGGGCGGGCCUCCCCAGGGGCCCUACCCGCCCGCGCACGCCCCGAACGUGUCUCCGCGCCCGACACCCACGGGGCCCGUACCUCCGCCCCAUGGAGUGUCUCCGGUCGGGGGCCUCUCGCACUUGCAUCCGGCUUCCUCUCCGUCUCAGCCCCCCUCGCAGAUGGCGCUCCCCCCAACGAGCCUCGGGGCGUUCCCGCCGUCGGGCCCGCAGCAAGGCAGAUUGCCUCAAGCAGGGACACCGGGGGCCUUCGACGGACCUGGAAAUCCCCCGGGAAGCAUGGGCACGUUGGCUGCGCAGCUGCCUCCCAUGGGCGCGUCUGGAGUGCCGACUUUGCAGCAGCAGCAAGCGGAGGAAAAGCCCGUCCCUGCCUACUCAGCGCCGACUGUCGGCGCGCAACCUAUCAAACCCGGGAUGCCGGUGCCGUGGCCCAUUCCGACCUCUGCUCAGCUUAACUCGAGAGCUACAAAAAGCACGUACGCGGCGAAUGUUAAUAUCCAUAAAGCGACGGAGAAGCCCGACGGGUCAGGCGCGCCUUCGCCUCCAAUGCCCCCCGAGAAGCAGGCCUACGUGCAACGAGUCAUUUCUCAGUUGCUCCAACUUCAGACAGGCGCAGCCGCACAUGAUUUGAACCAGAAAAUGGAGGAACUCUUCAGCAAGAUGCGAUCAGGAGAGCUGAGCAGCGCUGCUAGUCAGCGAGUCGUGCAGCUGUGCGAACUGGUGGAACAGCAGCAACACAUCCAGGCCCAGAAAGUGCAUGCGGAGCUGUCGUCCACUGAGUGGGGCAGCGGCAACAAAGCUUGGCUUAUGGGUUUGAAGCGGCUGCUGCCGAAGCCGUGA